CUGCGUAGUACUCGGGACCGAUCGCUUUGCCUACAUGAAGGCUCUGCGAUCGAAGCCUCCGCGCAUGAACUGCUAUCGAAUCAUCGAGGUUACUGGCCACGAGGGCAUCUUGUAUAUCCGUAGUUUGCUCUCAUAUCCAGUUCUCCCAAUGGCCCCUUUGUUCAGCCCCUAUACUUACUCCUUACUCCCCACCGACCGGAAUGUCUCGUAUAUUUGUACUUUCUUGCAAAUCAAAUAGGAAUAUGAAGCCCUACAAGCAUUUGGACAUGACCCAACUUGUUUAUCUAUCUCUUGACUUCCUGCCACAGUCCUCGUUGCUUUUGUUGCGCCUCCGACAAGGUCUUUCUACGCUAUAUCACCCCUAACCGGAUUGCUAAGAGCAACACCAAGAUACUCGCUGGAUGCAGUCGCAAACUCAGCCUCGGGGGUACACUUCAGCCCCCUCGAGAAUGAACCCCUGGGAAUCACGCAUGCUCCAGUAUCAAAACCUGAGCUAUACAGAUGGUAGGGUCACAACGGCGAUAGCUCCCCGAACCGCCGUCACAUGUUCGACGGACAUCCCUCUCAUCUACCCCGGGCUUUACUCCUCAACUGGCUUUGAUAUAGUCGGUAUCCUGCUUCACAUCAUCGCCCGACCAAACCCGCAAGUCGACCUCGGCGCCGUCGACGCCUCCUGCGCCCUCACUUUAUGCGACCUGCGGCAGCCGGACUACCCCGUCGUCUACGCCUCCGACGCGUUCACGUCCCUGACGGGCUACGGUGCCUCGGAGGUCGUCGGGAGGAACUGCCGCUUCCUCCAGGCGCCGCCCCCCGGCAUCCGGCAGCGGCGUCGGAGGGUCCACGAUGAUGACGACUACGGCGGCGGCGGUGACGCGGAUUCUGCUGCUGCUGCUGCUGCUGCUGCUGCUGCUGCCGUGCGCUGGCGGAUGCACGAGGCGGUGGACGGGAACGAGGAGCUGCAGGUCGAGGUGGUCAACUUCAAGAAGAACGGGGAGGCGUUUGUUAAUAUCUUGACCUUGAUACCCCUUCGCUGGAAGAGUGAGGAGUAUAAUUACUGUGUUGGCUUCCUGUGCGAGAAGAAAGAGGAGGAGGAGAAGGGGGGGAGUGAUUUGCCCGGGUACUGAAUAGGCCUAGAUUUGAUCUCAAGCUGUAAAGUUACGUCUUUAUUAAUACUUGAUUUAUGUGCCACAUGAACAUGCUGUCCACCACACAAGCCUUCUUACCACCACAAGCACUGCAUCGUCAAGCCA